AUGGCCCAUUGUUUUCUUGCCACGUGUCAGCCAGGUAAAGAUAUUGUAGCGAAACUAUCUAAGCUUUUGUCAGAGCAACAAAUCCGUUCAAAAAAGGGAUUAUUAUCUAUCAUCGAUGUCAUCAUCAAAUUGGCAAUGCGAGGAGCACCCUUAAGAGGUAACUGGGUUAAGAAAACUGGCGAAGAAAACGGAAACUUUAUUUUCUUUGUGAACUGGAAAUCAGAAUUUGACAAGGACUUGAAAGACCAUUUGGAACAUGUUCCAAAAAAUGCAAAGUUCACUUCGCCCCGCAUCCAAAACGAAAUUAUUUCACUGUGCGAGUCCAUAAUACGAGAGAGAGUAAUUGCCACGGUUCAAACAUAUUGGAGUGUAAUGGCCGAUGAAACAACGGAUGUUUCUGCAAUCGAACAAAUGAGUAUAUGCAUACGGUUUGUGAAUAGCAAUAUGGAAGUUUGUGAAGAGUUCUUGGGCUUUGUAAAAUUGACAAAGAUGGAUGCGCAGUCUGUUUUUGAUGUUUUGAUUCCAACCUUAAAAGGAUGGGGACUACAGUAG